GUUGAGGAACAGAUAAAGGACCACAAACAAUAUGUCUUGGAAUCUUCCGAAAAAAUGGAUAAAGCGGAGAGUCAGAUACUUCUUCAGUUCUCUUACGCAACUGUAGCACCUCCCACCCAGCGCUCCUCCUUCUGCGGUUAUAACAGACACCUUUUGGAGAAAAGGUUCUAAAGCUUGUUCUUUAUAAUGCAGCUUCGUCUACUCGAGAACGAGAAAAAGGCAAAGGAGAGUCACAUUGCUACCAUAGAAGCAGUUCUCGAGAACAGUAAUGAGGAACUAGGUAAUUAAAUAGUAGUAGUGACAAAACAAAACACGUUUUCGUGAAGGGAUACCAUGGCUGGCUGCUGGAAAGCCGUAUUUGACAAAUUAUAACCCUUGUUGGGAGAUAAAAUUCUGUACAUUUUAUUACACAAUCUUUUCAAGACACGGUGAAGAAGCAGGAAAGUGUCAUCACAUCACAGCAGGUUCAAAUACAGAAUACAGAAGAAAUGCUACGUUUGAACGCGGUGAGAAACAAUUUAUUGCUGACAUUGGAGAAGACGGUUUGAUCUUAAUAUUUUAAAAGGUCUCGGAAAUAAAAUGUUUUACGCAAAUUCUUUAGGAGGAAUGCAAACCAAAAGAAGACGAGAGGAAAGCGAUGCAAUCACAACUCGAAGAUUCCCAGCAGCUGAAUCAAACGUUAAAGGAUAGCGUUCUUGAGAUGAAAAAGGAGCAAAGAUUAGUAUUAGAUGAGUUGGAGACACAGCCUUCUUCGUUGAUAGAAGAAAAACAAACAUUGGAGUGGAGGAAAGACAAGGUGUAA